UAGUCGUGAACCUCUCCCUUCGCUAGUUUUAUUAAAAUCAAGCACUUUUCGAUAUAGAAUGCAUGAUUUAUUUUUAAAAUAAAAUGCAAGUAAGUAGUUUAGGAAAACAUUGGAUACAGAGAAAAACUGUUAACAAAGAAAAAAGGGAAAUGAAAACAUCGAAAACAAAAUCCUUAGAGUUAACAUCUAAAGAAGUUUCUGCAGAUAACAAAAACUUAUAUAGCUUGACCACGGGCACUGCUUCAUCCGGACUGUUUUUUGAAAAUCAAGAAAGUGAUCUUUCCCCAUCUUUGGCACAAAGUUUAAUUGUUCAAGCAGAAGACAGCUCUACUUUAUUAAAGAAAAAGGAAAAAUCUUCUAAACAAAAUAUAAAAUUAUCACUUGGCCAGGUGGAGGGUGUUGAUGGAAAUAGUGAACUUCCUUCCCUUUUAGUUGAAAAAUUUAAGAGAGAUCCUAAGAAAAGAACCAAGUUACUGUUUCCUUCAAACACUUUAUGGUAUAACCACAAGUUAUCUCCGUUAAAGCAACAUUCAAGUUCACGUUCUCUUUGUCGAGAGCAUUCUGAUCUUAUGAAAUUGUACGCAAAAAAAUUACUUGAAAUGGAAACGAAGCUUUAUAAUAAUAAUCUCGGUGAAAAGAAUUCCAGCGACUUGAACUGGAUGAGUACGGUUGCGGCUUCGGGCACCUUCCAUGACAAGCUAGCAGCAAAGAUUGUGUUGAUGCAGGAGUCUAUGAUUCAUAACUUGGAUUCACUUCUCUCGGUGAUUUUAUUGACCCAGAAAAAGAAAAGAGAGUCACUAAAGGCUCUCGACUGUUUAAAAAGUCUCUGGAUUACAGAUCUUCUUCCUGAAAACCGCAAAUUAAAGUUUUUCUAUGAGCAAAAUCUUUAUGAUGCUGCCUCCUCUGAUGCGCACUUGUUACUUAUAUACUUUGAAGAUCAAGUUAAAGUAGCGUAUUCUACGUACCUACAAGCGUUGGAGAAACACUUGAGCGAUUCUCAGUACUCCAUCAAGAACAACUUGAUUCAAAUUCUUCUCGAGUUACUUAUAGAACGUCCUGAGCAGGAAAAAGUUCUUCUCUCGCUGCUUGUUAAUAAGAUGGGUGAUCCCGAUAGGCAGCUUGCCUCCAAGAUUUCGCACUACUUGAACCGCCUCCUCCAGAGACACCCUCGCAUGAAGCUGGUGAUUGUCAACGAGGUGGAGCAGUUUUUGCGCAGGCCGAACAUGACGCUGCAGGCUCAGUACUACUCGGUGUGUUUUUUAAAUCAAAUAUUACUCCACCGCAAUGAUACUGUUCUUCCCAAUAAAUUGCUGGACAUUUAUUUCUUCAUGUUUACCCUUCUGUCCAAGGAAGCGGCUGUGGAUCACAAGAUACUCAACGCAUUGCUGGUUGGCGUCAAUCGAGCUCUUCCUUUUUCCAGCGCUGAAGGAGAGCCCCUUAAGGACAAUAUUGACACGCUUUUUCGCCUUGCCCAUACUACUACGUUUGUGACUUCCAUUCAAGCCCUCGCGAUCCUUUUCCAGGUCAUGCUCGCCCAAAGUGCUUUGUCAGAUCGGUUUUAUCGCUGCCUUUAUCAGAAGCUUCUUGACUGUUUUAUGCUAUCUGACCUACGCAACAGUGCCUCCUUUUAUAAUCUUCUCUAUAAGUCACUUUACCUUGACAGCAGAGCUGAAAGAGUUCAUGCGUUUGUUAAGCGGUUGUUGCAGCUUUGUCUCGUCCAGCGACCUCACCAAGCAUGCGCCAUUCUUUUCCUGAUUUCUACACUGGCCCAAGUAAAGCCUGCUGUGCUGCGAGUUCUUCAGCGCGAUCCUCAAGUUAGCCAAUUAUCGACUGAGGGACUUGGCUGCCCGGAUUGGAUUAAAGCCUAUGGCCAGUACGAUCCUUCAAGAGACAACCGCUUCAUUCCUCCGCUGAGAAGACUUCCGCGUGGGAGCUUCUCUUGCUGGCGGAUCACUAUCAUCCUUCUGUGCGCUCCUUUGCAGAGCAACUUCUUAAGGGAAAGCCCAUCCAGUAUCGCGGCGACCCGUUGGCGGACUUCACGCUGCUUCGAUUUCUCGAUAAGUUUGUGCAUAAAAAUCCCAAACAAAAUGUUAAGGCUCCCAGCACGGUUUUCCAAAAGAGGACUCCCGCAGCCGGUGUUUUACUAGACCCAAAGGAAUUGUUAAAUAUGAGAGAAACCGACGUGGCUGCGGACGAUAUGUUUAUGUACAACUUUUUCAAGGAUAAGGGAAAGACGAAGAAAAU